CUCACUUCCGGUUAUCAACCGCCGCCACCGACGCCGCCGCCGCCGCCGUUCCUGCCGGCCGUCCUCCGGUGAGCGCCUGUGCCGGACGCUCGGUGUUUCAGGGUUUUCCCCGCUCGGGGCUGUUCGUGUCGCCGCCCCCUUCGCCUUGGAUCAUGUUCAAGAAAUUUGACGAGAAAGAAAACGUGUCGAACUGCAUCCAGCUGAAAACCUCAGUUAUUAAGGGCAUUAAGAACCAGCUGAUAGAGCAGUUCCCAGGCAUCGAACCGUGGCUGAAUCAGAUCUUGCCUAAGAAGGAUCCGGUCAAAAUAGUGCGAUGCCACGAGCACAUAGAGAUCCUCACGGUGAACGGAGAGUUACUGUUCUUUAGACAAAGAGAAGGCCCUUUCUAUCCGACGCUGAGGCUGCUGCACAAAUACCCGUUCAUCCUGCCGCACCAGCAGGUCGAUAAGGGAGCCAUCAAGUUCGUGCUCAGCGGAGCCAAUAUCAUGUGUCCGGGCUUAACGUCUCCCGGAGCGAAGCUCUACCCGGCCGCGGCCGACACGGUUGUGGCCAUCAUGGCCGAGGGGAAGCAGCACGCGCUGUGUGUCGGGGUCAUGAAGAUGUCCGCGGAGGACAUUGAGAAAGUCAACAAAGGCAUCGGCAUCGAGAACAUCCAUUACCUCAACGACGGGCUGUGGCACAUGAAGACCUACAAAUGAGCCGCCGGGACGGAGCGCACCCGGCCGGCCGUGGACGUGGGCCGCGUCCGUGACUGUGUCUGUGUGUGACGGCGUGAAGAUGGGACCUGCGUGCCGCUGCUGCCCAAGCCCCGCAGACGGCGUGACGCCGAGAGAAGCAACCGCUAAACAGAAGUAAAGAUUUGGAACGAGCA